CAUGCGGGAUAAUUUCGGCCCAUUUUUUGAAUAUUCCAUCUGUUAAUUGAAUUACGGCGCACUUUUAAUCCCUUGCGCUGUUAGUCGAAAAGUGUGCGACUUGUGGUAAUGCUUCUAGUCUUGUGAUGUCCAUUUAGUAUUUCACAAAUCAUAUGCUUUUUCAAGUCUUCUACUGGCAAAGUUAAACUACUGUAGCCAAAAUAACUGUGGCCUUGGACAACCAGACAGAAUUCAGAUGCAAACAAGUUCUACACAACCUAACAGCACCAAAUAACAGUAUAGAAUUGCAGAGGAAAUCUAUCACUCAAUGACCUCGGCUGCUGUCGAGAACAUUAUACAUGGGGUGCGUCUCCAGACGUGUUCAAACGAAUCUAGUUACCAAAAUUUUGUGGAUUGUUUGGUCUUACCAGGGAUGAUUUUUGAAUUAACAGGACCUGAUAAAAUUAUUACUUGGUCCAUUGGUCCAGGUCUUGUUUACGUACCAGCAUCUAGAACGAAAAGUGCUAUGGGCAAGCGUAAACUGGCGGACUCAGUUUUAGUGAAACAGUUUGGUGUUUUGAAAUUCAAAAGGAGAACAGUGGAAAAUUCGGAGCCACUGACCCCAGUCAAGCGUUUUAAAUCCAGUGAUUCAUCGGGCGAUACGGAAGAAAAUUAUGUUUGGAUAGAGAGCCCAUCAUGCUUUGGUUCAGUAACCACGUUGCUUCCACUUAGUCGACUUUCAUAUCGCUGUCAUGUUGGUCAGUUCCAAAAGGAGGACAAGGUUAUUGGUAUUGUAAUAAGAAGAGCUGGUGGAAAUUUUGUAAUUGACAUUGGUUGCGCCACUCCUGCUACGAUCAAAUACCAAUCGUUUGAAGGUUCUUCUAAAAAGAACCGUCCUGAUAUUCAUGCAGGUGAUGUCAUUUUUGCCAUGAUUAAGCGGGCUGAUAGAGAUUUAGAAGUCGAGUUAUCAUGUGUAGAUGAAGCGGGAAAAGCUUGUGGAAUGGGCAUCCUUGGUCGUUAUGAACCUGGAACAGUUGGAAAUGCUGGGGGUCGACCUGGAGGUGUACUGUUACACUGUACUCAGGACUUAAUCAGACGACUAGGCGAUCAAAAAGUAUUUCCUUUGCUUCAACUUUUAUCCAAGGUCUUUCCAUUUGAAGUGUUCAUUGGUGUUAAUGGACGAAUUUGGUUAACAGCGAAUUCUCCCAGAGAAACUAUGAUCUUAGCCAACGCUAUUGCAAUUGCUGAGCACAUACCAAACGAUGAAUGUUGUAAGUUAGCCAAAGAGCUUUAUUAAGUGCUCCCAUUGUAAAUAUUCACAUUCCAGACCUGUAUACAUAAUAUUGAUAUUCGAUAAUUGUAAUCCAUCUUUCAAUUCUAAAAUAAAAUAACAUGUGGACAUUCUACUUCCUGACGAAUCUUCACUUAAUCAUUCAAACUCCGAUUGACUCAAGUCGAAAAUCAAUUACGAUCAUUAUAAAAGUAUUUUCCUUGCAAAUAAAAAAUACACUAAUUCCUCACUCACUUCACGCCCAAAGUGCAACAAAAUAAUUAUUCUCCUAAUAAACAUAAAAAGGGAUGCAAGUUCUUAUUGUUGAUAUAAGUAUAAAACUUGGGCACUAUGGCUGAGUACAACUCCAUUACGGAUAAGAUUUUAUUUUGAUAAAUCACACAGUGUUUUACAGUUAUAUUAACUGGUGAGGUUUCUAGCACAAACUAUUGCUC